AUGGGAAACCCUCGUCCUGGAUCCAAAGAGGUCAAGGAGUGCAUUGCUUUCUUCCGUGCGUGUCAGCGCCAGCUUGGCCACAAAAAGCUUCUGGUGGAUGCUGCUGGGGGACAUGGUGGCAUUGCGUGCGUCUUUCGAGCACAUAGACGAGCUGAUCGUGCUGUUGUAGUGGACCUCUAUCAACCAACAAGCUUUAACAAUUUGCGCUCAGCCUGGACAGAAUCUGAUGAGUCGGUGAAAUACCACAUUGCUGACGUCUCCAGCCCGGGCUGGUUGGCAUCCCUUCUGGACAAAGAAGCCAGCAAUCUGGAGCCAAGUGAGAUUGGAGUGGUCUCCUGCCAUGCAUGCAGCUUACUGUCUGACGAGCUGAUCCGUGCCUGCACUGGAAGUGGCGUGGACUUUGCUCUUAUGCCGUGUUGCCAUGGUGAAGAUAGCAGGAAAGGCAAGAUGAUGCUGAACACAGCCAAGAUGCUUGGGAUCCCACAUGAUGUCUUAAUCGACAUUGCCCGUCUUGGAAUUAUUGAGGCGAGUCCUGGGUACAAGGGAUCAAUGAGAAGUAUUGAUUCCAGCAUCACCCCGCAGAACCGGGUUCUUCUCGGCCUCCGGGAGUCAGAAGCAGAUGCCGAGAAGCGUGAAACCGCACGCUCUGCAUCAUUGCAUCGCUUGGCCAGGAAAUAUCGUCACAUCGGCAUCCCGCUUGGAAAAGACAUCUUGAGAGAUCAGCGGCCUGCAAAGACCCUCUUAAUGUGUUCUUGCAAGUACUGUCCUGAAUGCCCACACCUACUUGCCCAGCAUAGGAUCACGUAG